GGGGAAGAUGCACCUCUACCUCUCUGCCCUUUGGGGCAGCAGGUGGCGAAGACUGGGCUAAGGGGGGGUUUAUUAACGACGAUGUUACCGCUGGCUGGGCCUGUGGGGGAUGUCUCAGCCCGUCUCAAAGGCCCGAGAGAGAGAUCUUCGCCUUUCCCCGCUGGCUGCCGGGGACAAGGGGGUUAUGCCAGUGACCCCGGGGUGAUUGCUCUCAUGGGGCCUCGGGGGUCCUGGCUGCCCUCAGCUGCCCCUUGUGGCCCCCCGCGGUGGGGAGGGUCAAUUCACCCCUUCCCCGGGCAAGCCGAAGGGGCCAGUGCGGAUAACCUCGGUCACCACGCAACCGCCCGGGGCCCCCCAGGCAGCUUCGCCGCCCUGCCCUGCCCUGCCCUGGGGCAGCCAACCAGGGACCGCUCCCCGGGCUGCAGGGGGGUGGCGGGGAGGGGCCGUAACAGCCGCCCCCCGCAGGCACAGGAAGGGGGACAAUGGGGAUCUCGCCCCCACCUCUGUCACCUCCCUCCCCGGCAGCGGGAUCCAGGGGGAGGCGGAGGGGCAAGCGGGGGCACGGAGCAGGAGCGACGGGGCUAUCCGCGGGCGCGUUCCCCCGGGCGGCCCCGCUCCCCGACUAGGCCCCAGCUGGAUCCCCGGUGUGGCGUGGCCGGGCCGGCCGGCGGCCUUACCGCCUCCACGGCAUGCUGCAGGAUGGAGGUGAGCUUGGAGAACAUCCUGUCCCUGGACUGGAGCAGCCGCUGCCGGGAGGAUCGCGAGAGCUCCUCGAUCCGCCGCCUCCGCUCCAGGGUAUUCAGUGGAAGGAGUUCGCAAUGGGCUCCUGGAAAGGUGAAAUGCCUCUGGGAAGAUAGAGUUCCCUACCCAGGCCCGGAUGGCUGGAUUGAGCCCCAGGUUGAAGGAAUUUUUAGUUUAGGGGUAUCAUGUUUAGACUUAUGAAAAUAAAGAUCUUUCCUGAUGAGCAGAUCUUACGGUCUGCUGUUUUGUUUUGUUUUUUUCUGCUUAGUCAUCCAACUAGUUUAGAUCUUGAUUAAAGCUAGAGUUUGUGAUAACCGGGUACAGGAUUCUUAUCCCAUGAAGGGGCAAAUAGGUUAGGUAAAUUGACCUGACACCAAGAUUCCAAUCUUAUUAGAGUUCCUUUCAGUGAAAAAAUAUCAGUGUAGCUUUGCAGAGUCUAUGGGGAAUCAACAGAUUAAAAAAAAAGACAAUUGAAUCGAUGAGAAGGAAAUGUUACACAGCAACACGGAGACUGAGUCAAGACUAGACCCAAGCUUUUGAGUUGCUGUGUAAAUUUCAGCAAAUCAUUUGGAGUUCUAAUCCCAGCACUGGCAUUGACUCUCUUUGUGGACUUUGUCAGGUUAAUCCAAAUUGUCAAGAGAUGCCUCUGAUCUUGGGACUCCAACUAAGGCCUGAUUUUCAGAGGCAAAAGUUCCUACAGAUUUUUUCUGCUCAAAAGUGUAGGAGCAGGAUUUUAUAAUUGUACUAUGAGAAUUAAUGUAUGAUUUGAUUUUAUCCUAUCAGCCACUAUUUUUGAAUAGCAGAAAGGAAUGACAGACCAGAACAAUCCUUAUGACUG